GUAGUGGCACGAACCUUCACUCCUCGAGUCUCUAAUUAUUGUUUACUGCCACCAAAAUUAUUCGGAAAUUGCUACUACGAUAUUUUUUUUCACAGACAAUAUUGGAUACGGUUAAUGGCGUGUUCCACUGCGGUGACCAGCGUGUUGUUCUUACUUCGUCUGCCUGAACAUAGAUCACUAGUGCCUCUACCACCGCUACCUCCACCAUCACCAUCACACAGGGUCCCUAGUGUGUCGUUGUCUCCAGCGUCUGCGUGGGAUACGCCGCCUGCGUCGUCAUCGUCACCUGCGUCGUCGAAGAAGGGUACCUGCGUUCCUCACCAGGAUCUCAUGUUCCUUAAGACACACAAAUGCGCCUCCACCACCACCCAGCGUAUUUUCCUCCGGUACGGGAAGAAGCACAGGCUGACAUGGGUGUUGCCUUUGACAGGUAAUUACCUGGGAUCACCUGAGACCUUCAGACCCGCCAUGAUCCCACGCUCUCUACGGACCCCUGAUGGCAAGUACAACAUGAUGGUGGUCCACACUCGCUUCAAUCUCCAUACCCUCUCACAGGCGAUGAGAGAGGACGCUGUCUGGGUGACCAUAGUACGAGAACCAGUCGCCCAGUUCGAAUCCCUUUGGGACUUCUUUGAUCUUCAGGAGUUCUACAAGAUGACGCUGGAGACAUUCGCCAAGUUGCCCUACAAAGCUGUAAUGAGAAAACGGAAAUCCAGAGUCUUCGGUGUCCACCAAAUGUUCUUUGACAUGGGCUACAGCACCGUGGAGGACUACGAACCUGGGGAGAUGACACAAAAACUGAAGAGGCUGCAGAAUGCCUUCGAUCUGGUGAUGGUAGCUGAGAGGUACGACGAAUCUCUUGUUCUACUGAAGAAUAUCAUGUGCUGGAGUACUGAGGACGUCACCUACCUCAGGAUUAACCACAGAGUCCAUCAGAAAAAAAGAAACAUGUCGGAGGAGACGCGAGAAGGCCUGCAACGUCUGAAUCAAGCAGAUGUUCGCCUCUACGACUUCUUCUACCAGAUAUUCGAACAGAAAGUAGAGGGCUUCGGCAGGGACAGGAUGCGACGCGAAGUUGAGGACCUGAGAGAAGCCAACGAGAGACUAGCGAGAUCGUGUGUAGUACAGAAGCAGACUGCUAAUGUAACUGAAGAUAUGGACUGGGGCAGUAUGGUGAAGCAUGUAGCGGUAAGAACAGAUAACUCGAGCUGUGUUGAUCUAGUCAGGACGGAACACAGCAUGCUGAAUGAUGUGAGGAAGAGACAGCAGGAGUGGGUGAGGGAAGGAUGGAAGGGCUAUAUCACAGGAUAACAAAAGGUUUAGACUUGCAUGCGCGCUCUAGCAAACAAAUUGUCAACAGCUGUGCAGUCAAGCACAACCCACACGUGUUUAGGGCUGAUAAUAAUUAAUAUUUAUAAUAAAUUAUGUUAAAUGAAGCAGCGGGCGAUGAGUUUCAGACUAUCUUCUUGGAUGACGACUAGAUCAGUUAGAUUGUUCGUGCAGAGUGGGCACCACAACCUGGCACACUAUAUAACAAAGCUGUACAUUAAAGGAUAAAUGAAGAUUCAUGAAGGUCUUCGAGAGCGUCAAGAUGGGACAGAAAAGCGACCACUGCUGUUCAGUUUAGGAAAAAAAACAAUUUGCUUAUGAAAAGAAAAAUGUCAUUAAAUAUAUAUAAGCAAGAAUUAUUUAAUUAUUAUUAUAAUUAAAAAGAAGUGCUAAACCUACUAGGGUCAUACAUCAUUAAAAGAAAAUGUCAUUAAAUAUAUAUAAACAAGAAUUAUAUAAUUAUUAUUAUUAUUAUAAUUAAAAAGAAGCGCUAAACCUACUAGGGUCACAUAAGUCAUUCUCUUCCUUCAUCCUAAGGACAGUAGUGAAAUAUGUGUAUGUACUUAAAUUCUUACACAUGUUUAAGUUGAUUCAGUUAUAUUAGGCUACGUCAGUUUUAGCAAGUUUACGUUAGAUUGCUAGGCUUGUUUGAGUUAAAAAAAAAAAUUCACUUCCACCUUGGAUGAAAGAUGGGAGAGUAGAAUCUAAAGGUAACCCACAAAAAUACAAUACUGUAUUGUGCAGUGUUUUGUAGUUAUAAUGUUUAUUAACAGGCAUGCUAGGAUUUGUAUUGUACCGUAAUGGCAAUGUUACAAUAAUGGUUUUAUAACGACAGUGUUUAUAUAAGAUAUUUGUGUAACACUGUAACAUAUAUUGAGAAACUCUCUGCUCUUGAGAGCUUUGUCGGUUAAAUACAUGAAAGAUUGUCAUUGUAUACGAUGGAAGAGAA